UCGGCCACUGCUCCUGUGGCUCCACAAUCAGCGACAUGGAGGGAAAAAGAGGUAUUGGACCUCCUUUCUUUCUGGGGGGAGGACAAGAUACAGGAAGCCCUUAGAAGCUCCCACAGGAACUUAGACAACUUUGAAAAAAUUUCCAAAAUGAUGUCCUCGCGUGGUCAUCGGCGCACUGCAUUGGAAUGCAGGAACAAAACAAAAAGUAUGCGGUUGGAGUACAAGCGCGUCAUGGCACACAAUUCCACUUCUGGAAACGGCCCCAUUACAUGUCCUUUUUUUCGUGAGCUGGACAGUAUUCUAAGAGGGGACGCAAGUGUUAAACCUAAACGGAUAGCGCGAAGCAUUUCUUUUGCCCAAGGACCCCCGCAGAUAAGCGCCCCCAGGGAAGUGAUGGAGGGAUCGGAGGAACUCUUCUCGCACGACAUGCAGACGAUAGAUGCUGCACCGCUGUGGUGCUCUUCUCCAAAUCCCAUGGCAGCACCGCAGAACUCGUCAUCAUCCACCGAUGCCAGUGAAGAGGAUCUUGACCGCACCAUAGAUGGACUUGCUGACAAGGAAAACGACACUACAGGUGCAAACGCAAUGGAGGACGACGACAGUGAUUCAGACCUUCCCCUGGGGCAUCGUUCACGCUAUAACACGGCAGACGGGGCAGAUAACAGAUGCCUAGCAGAAGUUUCACCGGGAACAAGACUAUUCCAACUAAGAAACAGGAGACGCAGAAACGCAGCACUCUAUGGAGUAGCCGAUGAUAUGAUGCGCCGUUCUCGAGAGGAGCACAAUGCCCAGGUUUCCCAAUGGCGAACGGACAGAGAGAUGCUGUGCAGUUGGAAGGCUGAUGAGAACAAGAUUCAGAGGGAAUUCUUGGAUCACACUAAAAUGGAGAGUGAGAAGUUUGCCGAGGCCUGGAAACAGAACAUUUCGGUGAUGUCUGAUGCUGUGAACACUUUGAAGUCAUUGGGACAGAUGCUCGCCCAACAGCGUCAAAUCAUCCCCCCAACACACGAUUAUGGGCAAACCGCCCUACCUGCCUCACAGGCAACCCCGAAGAAGGCAGCAGCGAGGCGUUCCUGUGUUGGCAAAGCCAGGGAGAGGCUGACGCUUUGAGGAGCUAUGUUCUGCGUUGCCCUCCUUAUUUGCCACAUACCAUGGUUUUUGGCAGCAAAAUUCAUUUGACAGAUUCCAUUGCACUGGUGACCCCUUAAUGGUCUUUAUCUAUUGUAUUUGAAAUAAAUGUGUGUU